GAACUCUGAUGGUAUUUCUGAUUUGCAUGAGGAAAUUGUUGCUCACUUGACAUUAAUGUUAGACAAGCACAAUCAACUGGUUAUGUCGUUUCGUAUGGCUAGGGAAAGAAUUCAACAGCACGACCAAAGUGAUGUAAAGAUUCGCCUAAUUGGAAUGAGUUACAGUGAUGGUAGAUGUUAUAACUUGCCAACAAGUUCUGAAGUUGCUGCCUUGGUCGUUGGAAAUUUUGAUCAAGCAAUGGGAGAAAGGGAUAUAUUGGUGGAAACAAAAAGUGGACGCCUACAGAGAAUCAAUGAACUUAACGCUUCCUACUUGGCAUUACAAUAUCCCCUUUUGUUGCCCUAUGGCGAGGAUGGGUACAGAGAAGACAUCCCAUUUUCUGAUCUGAGAGAAGUAAAAGAAGAUGGUCGAACAACUGUGAGUAUCAGAGAAUAUUUUGGUUUUCGGAUCCACGAUAGUAAUCACGAACCAUCUACCAUUCUUUCGGCCAGGAGACUCUUUCAACAGUUUAUAGUUGAUGCAUAUACCAUGGUUGAAUCAUCGAGAUUGAGAUAUAUCUUAUAUAACACCAACAAUAUCCGUUUCAAUCAAUCUCGCCUACGGUGCGACAUGUACAGUGGGUUGGCGGAUGUUGUUCUUCGUGGUGAUAUUGAUGCAGGAUCUAGAGGAAAGAGAAUAAUUCUACCUUCUCCUUUCACUGGUGGGGCUCGAAAUAUGAUUCAGAACUAUCAGAAUGCAAUGGCAAUAUGCAGAUGGGCAGGUUAUCCCGAUCUUUUUAUAACAUUCACAUGCAACCCAAAAUGGCCCGAGAUCCUUCGCUUUUUAGGCCCAAAGAACUUACGUCCUGAGGAUCGUCCCGAUAUCGUAUGCAGAGUGUUUACAUCAAAAUUAAAGCAGUUGAUAAAGGAUUUCUGUGAGAAACAAAUAUUUG